AUGGAGUGCUCGAACGCGACGCCGAGCGGGACGGGCGUCGAUGAAGUGCAUGAAUUCCCCAAAGUCGAAUUCGACGUCACGAAAACCGUCGUCGCCACGGCGUUUCACAGCGCCCUGCGAGCGCUCGAUCACGGGGACGAGUCCCAAGCGAUGGAUUUCGUCGACGCGCUCGAGUUGGCGUCAAAAGAGGACGUUUUGGAGACGCGAGCGGGAGAUGAUGAUGGUUCAGCUGUCGCGCGCGUGUUCGAACGCGUCGCCGUCGACGAAACGGGCGCGAACGAUUCGAUCGCCGACGAACCGAUCGGUGCGGACGAUGAAAACAGAGCUAGGGUGAACGUGCCGAUGGAUUCGUUAGAGGUGGUUGAGCCGAUCGCGAGAUCGACGCGAACGGUUCCGGAGACGGAGCCGAGCGGGUGGGACGCUCGAGCGAACGCGGCGACGCCGACGGUUGAGCCGAGUCCGUCGACGAGUGGAUUGGGCGAGGGCGCGGUGCCGUCGCCGGUAAUGAGCGCCGACGUCGUGGGUGAGCUGGGGGCACUGCAGUACGCGAACCCGUUCGUACACACGCCGAUAUGGCCGCGAACGCAACAGGCGCCGGAGACGGAUCCGCGAGAGUUUCGGAGAAAGUUUGUGUACUUUAGGGAGGACAGUGACGAAGGCGCGACGCCGGUUGUUGCGCGCGCGCGCGUGCCUGCGUCGGCGCCUAGGCCGGGUGGACAGGUGAGCGCGGUGCAGAGUCCGUACUUGCUCAUGCACAAAAAUUUGGCGACGCCGUACGUGAACAUGGAGCGCGCCGCUCCGGUGAGCGUGACGUUGACAACGGCGAGCGGAAAAAAGGUUGUCGCGCGCACGGAUUCUCACGGAAACGCAGCGGUACCAAUGGUGAUGGAAACGCCGCGGUUUGAGUCCGAUGAGGACGCGUUCUCGUUUCGUGCGGCGAUCGAGACACCGGCGACGUCGGCGCCAGCGAUCGGCAGCGGAUUCUUCACAGCGGGUUCGGGAGCGCCUGUGGAGAUUUCAGCGGCGGCUAUGCACCGAGCUCGGUCGAUGUUUGCCGCCGGCGAUGAUUUACCAACAGUGACUGUGCCGUCGCCCGAUGUCGGUGGGUUUUCGUUUCAAACUGCGGGAGGAGCGCGGAUCGCCGUUUCCGACGAUUCGCGACGUCGCGCACGGGCAAUGUUCGGCGGCGCAGACGACGCCGAUCGUCCGUCGACCUCAGCCGGCGGUGGCUUCGCGUUUCAAACCGCUAGUGGGACCAAUAUCAAGAUUAGUGAUGAGACGAUGUGCCAAACGAGAGCUCGUUUCGCGGAUCAGGGCGAAGAGAACACAAUGAAAACGCCGAUCAACGCCCGGUCACGGUUUCCGCAGCCGUCAUUCAAGACACCAAAAUCGCUUCCAAUCGCGCGUAGAUUGGACGCAAAGGCGCCUGGGUUCACGCCUCCGAUGAAAACCGGCGCGUUUCGAACGCCGAUGACGAAGAUGGGCGUCGAGGCGGCGGCAAGCGCGGGGCGAACCGUCAAGCGAGCACGGGGCGGUUCCGGAGCACCCGUGCACGACCUCUUCGCCGCACGAGCGCGAAUGGGCAUGCGGGCGCCGUUGCGCGCGUUCUUCAAUGGAUUGCGACCCUUUCAGUCGCGACCCGUUUUCGUGGACGCGUGCGUGAGAACGCUCUGCGCCGACACUGCCAAGGCGUUGCGAUUGCCGAGCAUCGAACGCGGUCUCGUUGGUUGGCGAGAGAUGCGAGAGCUCAUGAUCAGAGCGGGCGCGGACGAGGCGUGCUUGACGAACGAGUGGGUUGCUAACACGUACAAGUGGAUCGUCUGGACGCAAGCGUGCGUCGCACGGGCCUUCCCGGAGAAGUAUGCCUUUGGCGUCUUGAGCGAAUCCUCAGUGCUGCAGCGAAUGCUGUACAAGUACGAACGCGAAGUGAACCGAGCUCAGCGUUCGCACUUGAAGCGGGUGCUCGAGAAGGAUGAAAACCCGGGCGCACCGGCCAUCUUCGUGGUGAGCGCGAUCCGCUCGAUGACGACGGCGACGGUUCAGGGCGCGGCGCCGACGAUGUCAGAAAUCGAAGUCACAGAUGGUUGGUAUGGAGUUCGGGCGAGACUGGACGCAAAGCUCACGCAGCACGUGCGAGAAGGCCGUCUUCGCGUUGGAAGUAAGCUAUUCGCCGCUGGAUCCGAUCUGAGAGGCGUGACAAAUCCCGUCUCGCCGCUCUCUGAGGACGCGGAGUCGGCAUACUUGUGCCUACACGCCAAUGGCACACGCCCUGCGCCUUGGGACGCCACGCUCGGUCUGAGAGGCGUGACAAAUCCCGUCUCGCCGCUCUCUGAGGACGCGGAGUCGGCAUACUUGUGCCUACACGCCAAUGGCACACGCCCUGCGCCUUGGGACGCCACGCUCGGGCGCACUACGUACAAUCUCUCGAUACCGAUGCGCUCCGUCGUUCCCGACGGUGGUGUGAUCCCGCGUAUGAUCUUUCGCAUUCGUCACGUCUAUCCGAUGAUGCAUCAGGAGCGGCGCGACGAGGAAAAGAGCGUGAUGCGAUGUCAGCCCGCAGAGCAUCGUGCGCAAGCCAAUUGGCAGCGCGAUCGAGACGUCGUGUUGCACGAGCUACAGGACGCGAUGAAUAAUCGAGUCGGUGGAUGGGGCGCUGGCGUCGACUCAGAACGAGUCGUGAGAGAGGCGCUCGAAGAGAAGAACCUGUAUGAGCGUCGUACGACCGCGGUGCUGCGAUUGAACGUCGUCGGUUUUGUUCCUUCGCCGGAACACGAGUCAUAUCGAGGUCCAAUCAUCGACGGACCGACGAGCGCGAUUCUUACGAUCUGGGACGUCGAUGAGGUACUAGCCGAGGCUGCGACUCCAGGGCAAACAUUUGCGGCGACGGCGCUCAAGCCGCGAGCGAGCGUGUUUCACGACAGAGAGUUGAGCUUGUCGACGACACGUUUCACGCGUUGGAUCCCUAUUUCGCCAAGCGAUACGGCCGAGAACAACUUGGUUGCGAGCGAACCCGAUUGGAGGUGUAUGAGCGUGCGUGCGGACGAGGAUCUGGGAGACCUUGCGCGCUCGGGAUUACCUCGCAAAGAGUUUGAUACCGUGGUGUGCGCCCUGCACUGCGGCCCGCCGCGAUCGACGCAGCGAGGUCGUCUGUCUCAGUGGAUAUUCUGCCUCGACAGCUCGUCCAUCACUGCACAGAAGCAGUCUUCGCACUUACUUGCGGUUGAAAUUUGUGGUUACGACGACGACACGUUCGUCAAGGUCGAGGAAUGGAUGCCCUCGGCGAGCCCAUUCGGGGCGUCGCGCCACGAAUGCGGACCGCCCGUCAUACUGUAUAAUCUCGAGUACUUGCACUACGAUAGAGAGAAUGACGUGUACGUCGCACGCGUACUCAUGGAGAAUAUCGUUGCUGUCUUAGGAACGACAUCCUCGAAUCCGCCAGCCGCUGCUGCUGCGCGUGAGCUCGAGCAAUGGCGUUGCGCUUCGGCGGAAUCGCGAUCCAAAGUCGUCGCCCUCAAGGCGCGCGCGCGUCACCUCACGGGCAUGCCGAUCGACGACUUCGCGUGCGCGGCGGAAUCCCUCGAAGAACUUGAAUCUUGGGACGAGGUGAACGCGUCUCAGCGACCGGCGUCGCCCGGGGACGAGUAUGUUCCGCCACGUCUGAGCCUGGACGACGGAUGGAAUGAUGAGACCGCAGCCCGAGCGCUCGCGGAUGUCGUGAACACCGCGGACGAGGCGAUUCGUCUUUCUAGAAGCGCAAAAAAGCGACGAUCGACGUCGACGCAGAAGUCCGCGUCUCCUUCGAGGACGACGCCCCGUCGUUCGAGUCGUUCAAGUCGAGGCUCGUGA